AUGGAUUCAGUUCCUAAAAAGAAGAAAAUGAGAAAGUCACUUGCUAUAAUUGAUCACAAAGAUAAAGUAGAAGAAUGCAUAGCUGAUCCUGCAUUAAUUUCUGUAGACCACACAAAUGUGCUAUCUAAUAACGAUUUAGGACAUUUUAUAGAAACUUAUUCACAAAUUUCUGAAGAUAAAAAGUUUGACCUUUUAACUAAUCCAUGGAAGCCUAGUAAACAUUAUAAUUUUAAAAAUGAUGUUGAAGACAGUAAACGUCCAAUUUGUAUAAAUGGUUUUCACAAUACCCAUGAAAAGGCUAAUCAACAUGAGAAAAAUAAAUGGCAUAUUGAAUAUUUCAUACGAUCCAAAGAUUUUAAAGAUAUGAAAAAAACAAACUGUGGUAUUGACCAAGUGUUAGAUUCUUGUUAUAAAAAUAAAAUUGAAAAAAAUAGAAAUAAAUUAAAGCCAAUAAUUUCUUCACUUCUAUUUUGUGCAAUACAUAAUUUACCGAUUCGAGGAGACACAGACAACACUGCAGUAUUUAAUGACUUAUUAAAAUUUAGGGUUGAUGCUGGUGAUUUGACUUUAAAAACUCAUUUAGAAAAAUCCAAUAAAAAUGCAUUGUACAUAUCACACCGUGUGCAAAAUGAAUUAUUAGAAUGUUUAUCUUCUAGUUUAAGAUCUGUGAUUACUAAUGAAGCUAUGCAAGCAUUUUGUUUUUCAUUAAUUGUUGAUGAAACGGCUGACAUCAAUGGUACUGAGCAGUUAUCAAUUUGUGGGUACGACGGAUGUGCUAUGAUGGCUGGCCAUAUAUCUGGAGUGCAAAAAAGAAUUAAUAAUGUGUAUCCCAUGGCUAAUUUUUUCCAUUGUGCUAGUCAUCGUUUGAAUUUGGUAAUAAAUGAUUUGAAUUCUCUUGCCGAAGUUAGAAUUUGUGUAGGGAAAAUAAAAGAAGUUACUACAUUUGUUAGAGAUAGUGCACUUCGUAGAAAUAUUGUAGGAAAUAAUUUGCCAAAAUUAUGCGAAACAAGGUUUGUUGAAAAACAUAAAUGUAUCAAAAAAUUUAAGGACCAAUAUGUUACAAUUGUUGAAGGCUUGGAAGAAAUAUCAAAAUAA